AUGUUGUUAGCACACAAACCCAUGCAUGUUCCAGCCACACCUGUUGUGGAAUCUUCUGACAUCCGUGUUUUAUAUGAUGUUGAAAAUGCCACGUUAUUAGGGAAAGGUGGUUUUUCGCAGGUGGUUGCCGUACGACAUCGCCCGACAAAUACCAUGCGGGCUCUUAAAGUUAUUAAAAAAUUGAUGUUAAGAGGAAAGGUAUCGGAAAUGGUGAUACAUGAACAAGAGAUUCUGCGACGUACUUCACAUCCAAAUAUUAUUCAAUUACAUGAAUCUAUCACUACCCCACAUCACAUUUAUUUUUCAUUGGAUUUAAUGGGAGGGGACCUUUUUGAAUUAAUUGUACGUAAUCAUUUUAUACCAGAAGGGGUGGCACGUCAAAUCAUGUAUCAAAUCUUAUGCGGUAUUGAUUAUUUGCAUGGACAAUGUAUUGUACACCGCGAUAUUAAGCCGGAGAAUAUUCUGCUUAAUAUUGUGAAUCCAAUCGGUAACGAGGGUUCUUCGAAAAAAAAAAGUGCUGACUUUACAGAGGAGGAUUGGGAAAAGUCGCUGAAUAUUGAGGUGAAACUUGCGGACUUUGGUCUCGCCAAACUGGUACAAGAGUGGGAUGUGCAGUCAACACCGUGCGGCACAUCUUUCUACAUUGCGCCAGAAGUGAUACGUGGGAUUGAGGCUCAAGGUACGAAACCACUCUGCACCACACAAAAAUUAGUGAAGAGUGUCGACGUGUGGUCUGCUGGGAUUGUACUCUUUGUCAUGCUCUCUGGUCGCCCACCGUUUCACGGGCAAGUGACGACAAGCGAAGAAAGACGCCAUCUCCUGCGGCGCAUUAAUCGCGGAGUGUUGUUUGACCCUAGGCAAGGCUGGGAAGGUGUCAGCGAGGAGGCGAAGGAUUUGAUUGUCCGGAUGCUCGAGCAGGACAGCACAAAGCGGUUAACGGCGAUGCAGGCGCUGCGGCAUCCGUUUUUUACGCUUCACGGCUACACGCCGCCCGUGCCAGGGGGCAUCAAUUCCCCGUUGACCCCAAAAGUGCCGCAGAAAAAGAAAUGGCAACCGCAGAAGCAAGAAGGAGAAAAGGCGGAGGAAGAAUGCAAACAAAAUGCGAUGAAAGGAGAGUUGAGUCAGCAGAUGAGUGAGGAGCAGGCUGAGCAAGGCUGGAAGAGCGCCUCUUUACCAAACCAGACAGUUGUGAAGAAACGUCGGAAGAUAUUUGAUAUAUUUCGUGCCAAAUACUGCGUUGGGUCCCGAAAGGAAAAGGAUGCCGCGAAAGAAGGGCAGAAGCCGCUUUCCCCGGACAUCAUGGAUGAUGAGACAGUGGAGGAGGAGCACAGGCGCGACAUGCAGGCAGAGAUUGAUGCUAUCCAAAAGGACAUUGUAGAGACGGGCGAUAAGGAGGGAGACGAAACAAGUUACAAGCAGACAAUACCGCUGGUACCGGCCUCGCAAGCAACACGCCAGGCAGUGAUGAAUGCGAAGGCAAAAGUGGGUCCAGCCGCCCUUAAAAAAUAA